AUGGAAGGGUGUUGGAACGCGGCUGAAGGAUGGCUAGCUAUUGCAAUCACUACUACUGGUUCCCGUAACAAGGUGGAGCUCCUUUCAGGGAAUCUACACGAACGUCGAGACCCGAAAAUCCUUUUACUCGAUGAAGCCACAAGCGCUCUCGACGCCGAAAGUGAACACAUUGUCCAACAGGCUCUCGAAAACGCAUCCAAAGGAAGAACGACAAUUGUUAUUGCUCAUCGACUGUCGACGAUUCGAAAUGCCGAUAAAAUCAUCGCAAUGAAGAAUGGAGAGCGUCUCAAAUCUCAACUGUCCGUAACUGAAGACACUAGCGUAGCAGCUGCCCAAAACGACCCGGUGAAAGCUGAGAAGGACUUGGAGCGACUGAAGAAAGAACUCGAAGAGGAAGGUGCUGUGAAAGCGAAUCUCAUCCGAAUCCUUAGCCAUGCUCGACCGGAAUGGCCUUUCAUCAUGUUUGCCGUGUUCUCUUCGAUCGUCCAGGGCUGCGUGUUCUCAAAGCAACCGGGUGAUCCAACGCUAAAGCAAGAAGGCCAUUUCUGGGCAUUAAUGUUCCUCGUGUUGGGUGGUGUCCAAGCUACCACCAUGAUCAUACAGUGCUUCUUCUUCGGUCUGUCUGCGGAACGUCUCACAAUGCGACUUCGAUCCAAGAUUUUCAAAAAUGUUAUGAGAAUGGAUGCCACCUAUUUCGACAUGCCUCGUCAUUCACCUGGAAAGAUCACCACACGACUGGCUACGGACGCGCCUAACGUUAAGUCGGCUCUCGACUAUCGUUUCGGUUCCGUGUUCAGCUCAGUCGUCUCCGUCUGCAGUGGCGUUGGAAUCGCAAUCUAUUUUGGAUGGCAAAUGGCACUUUUGACAAUCGCCAUCUUCCCGCUAGCCGCUGUUGGACAGGCAAUCCAGAUGAAAUUCAUGUCUGGCCGUGCGACAGCUGAUGCGAAAGAGAUGGAAAACAGUGGAAAAGUGGGUUUAGAUGGAAUUCGCACAGAUUCGAAUCAAUAUUUCAUGGUCUUGACUGAUAGUGGAGCUUUCCAGGUAAGGAGUGACUGGAAUUCUGACUGCUAUCAGUUGACCAUCCAACCCACGCUGCAUCGUAUCGUCGCGUUUGGCUUCAAUUUUUACCUUUUCAAAGGCAGGGGCAACAAAUCGGGACCUUGA